UCAAUAGGAUCUCAGCUGCGGUUGUUUGUUGGUCUGUCGGCGUCGAGCACAGACGGACCAUUUCAAGGAAUCACAGAGCCGAACCGGUUUGUCGGAAUAACAGUCUCAGGCGUUAGACACGACUCAGGUAGGGGCAUUUUUAAUAUAAAUAUGAGGACAGAUGUAGGAUAAAUCCGCGGGCUUCUGAAUGGAGGAUGUAGUCCUGAAGCUUUUUUUCCACGGAGCGCAUGUUUCGUUUUUGCAGUGAAAUGAAUGAAAAUCUGAGGAGAACACAAGAAUAAAACAAAAUCCGGCAUUACCAUGGAUGCGAGAGUGCAGUGAUGCUACACCUGUGACUGAAUAAAGUCAGACAAAAUAAAUAUAAAUAGCCUAUAUAAUAAAGCCUAUAAAUAAAACCCGAAAACAGCUACAAGAAUAAGUUCUCCAGCACACUGUGAUUACGGAUCAGAUUCGGCAGAUGUUAUUUUACUGAGGACAGGUUAAUUGAUCCUGAGGACCGAGCACACCACAGAUCGGAGGAUGGUCCCCGGGGCCCCCAGCACGACCACCACCAUGCUCCCCGCCUCUGAGGCUGCCAAAAUCUACCAGACCAAUUACGUGCGCAACUCCCGCGCCAUCGGCGUCCUAUGGGCCAUCUUCACCAUCCUCUUCGCCAUCGUCAACGUGGUGUGCUUCAUCCAGCCGUACUGGAUCGGAGACGGCGUGGACACCCCGCAGGUGGGCUACUUCGGUCUGUUUCACUACUGCAUCGGGAACGGGCUGUCCCGGGACUUGACCUGUCAAGGAAGCUUCACCGAGUUCAGCGCCAUCCCCUCCGGUGCGUUCAAGGCUGCCUCUUUCUUUAUCGGCAUGUCCAUGGUUCUGGUCCUCACCUGCAUCGGCUGCUUCGCGCUCUUCUUCUUCUGCAGCACCGGCACCGUGUACAAGAUCUGCGGCUGGAUGCAGCUGGCUGCAGGUACAUGUCUGAUUCUGGGCUGCAUGAUCUACCCGGAUGGCUGGGACAGCGACGAGGUGAAGCGGAUGUGUGGAGAGCAGACGGACAAGUACACGCUGGGGGCCUGCUCGGUGCGCUGGGCCUACAUCCUUGCCAUAAUGGGCAUCAUGGACGCGCUCAUCCUCUCCUUCCUCGCCUUCGUCCUGGGAAACCGUCAGGACAGUCUGAUGUCUGAGGAGCUGCUGGGAGACAAGAGCGGUAACAAUGCCAUAUAAUAUCUGGUAAUGGUAGAGCAGUCACAUACACACAGGUCUCACUGCCUAGACGUGAUGUUACUUCAGGAUCCAGCAUCCCUCUUCUGGUCCAACCUGUGGCUGAGAUGGAGAGCUGAUGUUUGGGGAAAGAACAGAUCAAAGUAGGAGAGGAUGUCUGGAAGGGGCCACGCAACCUUGGAGGAGAUCACGAUGCAUCUUAAUUUUCCUCUCUGAAAGCCCCCUCUGUAAAAUAGCCUUCUCAUUCAUCUGAAACUGCUUGUUUUUGCAGGAUGAUUUCUUAAAGACUUUUUCAAAGUUUACCUGUGUUCGUAUGUCACUGCAUCAUCUUACCCGAGCUGUUAAAACUAAAAUGUUCUCCAUGUGGAUGUGAGUAAAAGCUGCUCCAGUGCACAGGUUCAGCUGGAAAAAUAAAAAUCCAUAAAAGACUCUUCAUGUGUUAAUUCAGCUCCAAGACACUUGUUGGACAAACACCAUGGAGCGAAAGGCGCUCAAAUUGAAUUAAAUCAAAACAAAUUAUCCAGACUUUGGCCGACACAAAUGAGGAUUUCACAGACUUGAGGUCAAAGCUGUCAGAUCUUUCUUAUCCAGUCAACAAACUCCCUGCAAAGGAGCUUGGCUUUGACACUGUUCAACCUUUGAGAGUGGUGUCAGCAAAAUGAGGCCUGGAGAAAAUUUCAAGUUGGAUAAACAAACAGAAAAAAACAGUACUGUUUUGUUAUAAUUAAAUGUUUGAUGUGAUAGAAUCAAAAGGUAGUACUUAGAGGUUUUGCUGGUGACAACUUUGCUAAACAGAUAGCUAAAAAGGAGAAAACAUCAGUUGUAUCAAGUCUAUAAUCUGUGUAUAGAUAUGUUGAUUAUGUCCCUGUACUUUGUCUCGACUUUGAAAUGUCAAGCUAUUGGUCCAUUAUUAGUGUGUGCCAUAUAGUGAUCGUGUAAUCUGACAGUAUUGUGGAGUACUAAAAGAGUGUAGGAAAAGUUAAACUGGACAUGAAUUAAGGCUGA